ACUAAGCGGUUUUACACACAAAAAAAUAAAAUAUUAGCGGUUUUUCCUUUCCUUAUAUAGCUUGUUUGCUGAUUGUAUUUUAAAUCUUACUAUUACUCACCAUUUUCUCUCUCAAAACGAAGUCUCUGAAACCCCGCUUUGUAUCCAUUAACGCCUCCACAGAAAUUCCUUUAGUAAGGUAGAGGACUGUGAUAGAAAAUGGGGAGAGGGAAGAUAGUGAUAAGGAGAAUAGACAAUUCGACGAGCAGGCAAGUGACGUUUUCGAAGAGAAGGAAUGGACUGUUGAAGAAGGCAAAGGAGCUUGCGAUCCUAUGCGACGCGGAAGUUGGAGUCAUAAUAUUCUCUAGCACUGGAAAGCUCUACGAUUUCGCUAGCACCAGCAUGAAAUCAGUAAUCGAAAGAUACAACAAAUCAAAAGAAGAAAAUCAUCAGAUGGGAAACCCAAUCUCUGAAGUGAAGUUCUGGCAAAGGGAGGCAGCAAUGUUGAGGCAACAACUGCAGAACUUACAAGAAAAUCAUCGGCAAAUGAUGGGUGAAGAGCUAACUGGAUUGAACAUAAAGGAGUUACAAAAUUUGGAGAGUCGACUGGAAAUGAGUCUCAGGGGUGUUCGAAUGAAAAAGGACCAAAUUUUAAUGGAUGAAAUAGAAGACUUAAACAGAAAGGGAAACCUCAUUCACCAAGAAAAUGUGGAACUCUAUAAGAAGGUAAACCUAAUUUGUCGAGAAAACACAGCAUUGCAUAAGAAGGUUUAUGGAACAGGGAAUGUCAAUGGAGUAAACAGAGAUUACCUUAGCUCCAAUGGCCUUGGCAGUGCUGAGGAAUCCCAUGCACCUGUCCAUCUUCAGCUAAGCCAGCCACAGCAACAGAACUAUGAGACACCAGCAAGAGCUACGAAAUUGGGCAGAUUACAAUUGCAUUAGCAAAGCAAUUCAUCUACUGGAUUGGAUGUUACGUGAUAUUAAUGGCUCAUAAAUUUCAUAAUUAUGCUUCUACUGGUACCCUUGUGGUUGAAAACCACUGACCUCAACAAACAAACUUUGGUUUGACAUGAUCAAUGAAAAAAAAAAUUGUAGCAUGUAUGUGACGACCAAGUGAA